CCUAUCUAUCUAGCUAUUCAUCCGUCUGCCGUCGGGCCCGCUAGCCAGUGUUUGUGGUUUCUGCGUUUGUGGCUAUGCUGCCUCUGCGUCCAUCCGGUACUCAAUCAGCGUUGGCCCAGCAUUCAUCCGGCGAUCGGCGGUCGUGAGCUCGGACUCAACAAAGAUUCGGAAUUUCGAGGUGUCCCCGUCAUCCGAGACAAGUCAUUCCUUCCCCGAAAUAUAGGUGUGAUUCGAUCGCAUCGCAAAUGAGUACGGCCUGAACGGAGAAAAAAAAUAUCCGUCGCCGCAACAGUUUCGUUUCUUGUGAACACUGAAGGCGCGAACCGGCACUCUGAAAGAGAAGUCAAGGUGGACCUUAGUAGCAAAAGACCUAGCAUGCCCGAUGCCACCGCUAGCGAGGGGGGUGAACAGCGAGCGAGUCAGGUGCCCAGAUCCCCCCAGGUCACACCCGCAAACAAUUCUCCAUCACGAGGUCGGUCACCGUCUCCGGAGCGGGCCAGCAGCCAACGGAUGGAAAGCAAUCGAACGUCCCCCAGCUCUACAUCGGAUUCUCCACCGACUGCGGCGGACACGACCCUUCAGCAACGGGUGCAGAAGAUUCGGAGAGUUUUCACAAUCAUAAGGAAUUUCUGCGCCGAUGUCUCUCAACAAAGCGGCGAAGCGAUGACUAAACUCCUUUGCUCCGUUGUGUGUGCGACGGUCUCGUUGGAGGACUUCCGAGUCAAGGUUGCCGAGUUGACAGGUUUGCACCUGAAAGCCUUCGUGAUACCAUUUCUGCGAGCGAAUCUCCCCGUCAUGCAGAACCAGCUCCUUGUGCAAGCGAAGUCGGCCAAGUUGAACACGCUCGAAUUCCUCUCCAACCACAGCGAGUUUCUCGUCGAUCCGGCAAUCAAUGGAGAGCCCUUCGAGAUCUUCGAGCAAUUACCGCCUAGGAAACGACUCUACACCGACAUACAUCGACCGUCGAGUGCAGAACCGACAAACAAGCGACCGAAUCGGUCAGAAGAGGACUUGGAACUUUUCGAUGGAUCUCAUGUAGAAGAAGCCUUGCAGAAUGUCAAUCAGAUGCUAGAUUGCAUCCUGGCCAUGGUUGACAAGACGAAGAAGACGCUAUCGCUCCUUCAGAAACGGCCCGAUCCCCUAUGGAAUCUUCGCAUGCCGUUGGAGCUGGAGAUAAAACGGCGGGUCACCCCGCCAACAAUUCCGCAUUUCGACAUCGGUCUGCUCGACGUGCGUCGGAGAACUGAAGAAGCCGUCCAGGAAGUUCGACGACAAGCGAUGCUCGAGCUGGAGAAAGCAGUCACCGCCGCGGAAUCGCGGGCAAGUCAGAUGAUCGCUAUGGAGAGGACUAAAUUGGAAACCAUGAUCUUGGAAGCGAAACGACAAGCACAGCAGGAAGUGCUGACGAGACUGAACAAGCACGAACCGACAACUAACGACUCUAUGUUGAACUGUUGGAACUGCGGUCGCAAGGCGAACGAUACCUGUAGCGGAUGUGGACUCGCGCGAUACUGCGGCGCUUUCUGUCAGCAUCGACACUGGGAAUCUCACCACAAGGUGUGCAAGGCAUUGCAUUUGAGUCGGGAGGCCCCGGAAGCCCUGCGACUCAAAGAGGAACGGGCAGAAGAGGUACCUUAAGCUGAAAUCAGCGGAGGUGGCUCGAUAUCUGCCAAUCGAAAUCCUGUUGUAUUUUCUGUAUGAAUGCUGAAGGGUGCAGAAGCUAUUUGAAGGGAUAACGGGUAGUCGGAGCUCGGAGAGUUGAGCCACGCUACUAAUUAUCAGUGCAAUACCAAGAGGCAACCGUCAUCCUGUAUCUAGUCCAUUUAAUGCAGCUGCCAUAUAGAGAACCCACGGACGAGAGGCAAGGAACAACAGCGUUCCAUUGUGAUAACGAUGAGUAUACUAUGGAGAAGCAAGGAAAUAAACAUUUUAUGUUGCUCCGU